AUGGGCAAGUUGACGUCUCUUUUCUCCUCUUCAUCCCCGAUUAUAGCAGGCGUUGCGGCAGCAUUGGCCACAGGAUACUAUGUCAACGAUAAGUACCAGCUCACAAAGGACCUAACCUUUGUCAGGGGCGCAUUCAGAGCACGCAAAAAAUAUGAAGCCUGCAUCAAGGAUCAGGACUGUAGUCUUUACAACCGCUUUGAGGAGCAGUGUCAAAUCAGACCCUUUGCAAUCGCGCUGGCCUUCGAGGGUGCCUCCUACACCUGGCGCGACCUGGAACUGGCCUCAAACCGAAUGGCUCAUUGGUUCGUAUCCAAGGGCGUCCAGAGCAGCGACCGCGUUGCGAUGAUGAUGCACAAUUCACCCUUGUUCCUGAUCGUCUGGCUGGCCCUGCUCAAGAUGGCGGCUAUCCCAGCCUUCAUCAACAAUCAAAUCACCGGUCCUGUCUUGCUGCAUUCACUCAAGGUCACUUCCGCUAACCUCCUUGUCUUUGACUAUGAGCUCGCACCUGUGGUGGAAGAGUGCCUGGAGGAUAUCAAAGGGCUUGGAUACAAUGUCUAUACUGUCACGCCCAAACAGCACAUCCUUGGUCAAUUUUACGGCCAUCUGUCAGAAGCCGCUCGUCAGAAAAUCGAGAUUCCCACCUUUUUUGAUUAUGCCGAGUGGGGGCAUUUGAGUACUGAAGGUUUCCCUAAGAGUGUCCGCAAGCACGUCGAAAUGAAGGAUCCCGCGGCCCUGAUUUUCACCAGUGGAACCACUGGCUUUCCCAAAGCAGCCGUCAUGGAUCACGGACGAUGCACCGUAGCCAGCGUCUCCUGGUCAAUGUUCGGCGAGAUCACAGCAGACAGCAAGGUCUAUGUCACUCUUCCACUUUACCACUCUGCUGGAUCGAUCGUGGGUGUGGGCCAGAGCUGGACCUCGGGUUCCACUAUAGUGUUGGCGCGAAAGUUCUCUGUCACCAACUUUUGGAAGGACUGCAUCGCGUACGACGUGACCCACUUUCAGUACAUUGGAGAGCUCUGUCGUUAUUUAUUAAACGCUCCAGAGAGUCCUUUGGACAAGAAACAUAAGGUCAGACUGGCUUUCGGCAACGGAAUGCGUCCGGAUAUCUGGGCAAAGUUUCAGGAGCGCUUCAGCAUUCCCACGGUAUUUGAGUAUUAUACCAUGAGCGAAGGUACCGGUGCGCUGUUCAACAUUGCAAAGAACAAGCGAGAUCAAGGUGCUGUCGGGUUCAGAGGGCCAAUCGUCAGGACGCUGGCACCUGGAUUCAAAUUGGUCAAAGUGGACACCGACACGGAGGAGCUCAUCCGUGACAAGAAGACGGGCUUCUGCAUCGAGUGUGGACCCGACGAGAUUGGGGAGCUGCUGACGCUCGCCGACAACAAAACACCUGGAACGCGUUUUGUUGGGUAUUUCAACCAACCAAAGAUGUCACAGGCUAAGCUGGUUCACGAUGCCUUGGCCAAAGGCGACAUUUAUAUGCGCACUGGCGAUCUCCUCUAUAGAACCAAGGAUCAGUACUGGUACUUUGCGGACCGCGCUGGCGAUACAUACCGCUGGAAGGGCGAAAACGUCUCGACAGCAGAAAUUGCAGAUUCGAUGGGCCGGGUCGACGGCCUCACUUCGUGCACGGUCUAUGGUGUUUCUGUCCCUGGUCAAGAUGGGCGCGCAGGAAUGGCGGCAUUAGUCUUGAAGGACUCUAUCAUUCAGCCUGCGAGCGAUGGUCGAACAACCGCGCUAGUAAACGAAGACGCACUCGCAGAUUUUGUGCAGCGAAUGGGCGACCAUGUAGCUAAGAGUCUGCCUCCCUACGCCGUGCCUCGAUUCCUCCGCAUCUGUGAGCACGAAUUGGAAACGACUGGCACAUUCAAGAACAAGAAAGUGGAGCUUAGGAAGGAAGGCUUCGACCUACAUCAAGUCAAGGACCGCAUGUACUGGUGGACACCGCAGGGCUGCUAUAAGCCAUUCGGUCAUCCUGAGAACGGAAUGAUCGUCGCUGGACGCGCUCGACUUUAA